UAGGCUUGGGCGCCCAGGGCCAUUGUUUGGCAAGCCGCAAUUUUCAUGCCAGCAAACUUUCGUGAAUGUUGGGGGGCAGGCGAUCCUGCAUCAACACAUUAAAGUCUUACAUUGUUGAAUCAGGUCCGCAGCUGCUUCUUUACCGUACUUCUACAAACGAAGAACCAUCUCUUCCUUCUUGAAUUUCUCUCACGAAGCUUUCAGCAUCACCCUAGGGAGCUCUCCAUUCAGCCAAUUGCAUUCACCGGUGCGACUCGAGAUUGCUUUUCAAGCAAUCGGCGUGUCCAAAUCCAGAAACCUUGAGGCAAAUUGAUCUUGGAUUUUCGUACACAAACAAGCCGAGUUAAGAGCACCGACAGCCGCAUCUGCCGUUCAGCGACUGAAAAACUCAAAAGCAUUGGGCAGGGUUUCUGAAAAUCUCUCAGCUGCUCAAAUCCAAGACCGUCGCUUGGCCUAUUGGUGUCUGGCGGGAGCUCAAGGUGGCACCAUUGGCGCAGGCUGGAUGCGCAGCGAGGCCGCAUCUGGCCGCUGGAUACACAACCUGCGCAGGUUUGUUAUCCUCCGAUGCUGCUCACUGGACCAUUCAUGAUUCCAAAAUUGAUUGAGCAGCUGCAAUUGAGCAUCUCUUCACAAGCUGGACCUUCAGUGGGGCCGCUGAGCUGUCACUUUUCAUAGCCCUGCCCAAUGUGGUAGGGGGACUCUCCAGACUCUCGUAACUCAACGGGGGGUCCCAUGCCCCUGGCGGCACCAUGAAGGGUUACCCCUCAAAUGUGGACGUGCAGGCCCUCCCUGCCAAGCCGCGGAAGCCGCAGCAGGCGCACCGGACGUGGUUGCGGUUCGAUGCGGACGGUAGUGCGCUCGUGUUUGAGGCCGACAAACAUGAGAUCAUGCACCGGGCAGGGAUUCAUGCGCGCGACCUCCGCAUCCUGGAUCCGUUCCUGUCGUACCCCUCCACUAUUCUGGGGCGAGAGAAGGCCAUCGUGGUCAAUCUGGAGCACAUCAAGGCGAUCAUCACGGCGGAGGAGGUGCUCCUGCGGAACGGCCAGGAGGAGGCGAUGGUGCCCCUGGUGGAGGAGUUCAAGCGGCGGCUGAACAUAGGCGGGAUCGGCAGCGACUACGACAGCGACACAAACAGGGCCAACGCCAGCCCGCCCCAAGCAGGGCCCGGCCACGAGAGAGCACCUGCGGACGAUGCAGAGUUGCUGCCGUUCGAGUUCCGGGCCUUGGAGGUCGCUCUCGAGGCCGCGUGCAGCUUUUUAGACGCGCGGACAACGGAGCUGGAGUCCGAAGCAUAUCCCGUCCUGGAUGAGCUCACCAACAAGGUCAGCAGCCUGAACCUGGAGAAGGUGCGGAGGAUGAAGAGUCGGAUGACGCGCCUCUCAACACGAGUCCAUAAGGUGCGCGACGAGCUGGAGCAGCUGCUGGACGACGACGACGACAUGGCGGAGCUGUACCUGUCCCGCAAGCAGGCCUUCAACUUCAGCGCGCUCUCGUCCCCGCGCUCGCCGCACUCGCCGUCGCUCGCGGCCGCGGACGCGUUCAGCGCGAGCGUCGCGUCGAAGACGUACGCGCCGCGCACGGCCACGCACACGACGCGCAGCACGGGCGAGGGGGCGGAGGACGUGGAGGAGCUGGAGAUGCUGCUGGAGGUGUACUACUCGCAGAUCGACGUCACGCUCAACAAGCUCAACACGCUGCGGGAAUACAUCGACGAUACGGAGGACUACGUGAACAUCCAGUUGGAUCACGUACGAAACCAGCUUAUCCGGGUCGAAAUGAUCAUGAGUGUGACGACCGCCCUCAUGGCAAUUGCAUCAGCGGUCGCGGGCACCUUCGGAAUGAAUAUCCCGUUCACGUACAACGAACAGGGACCCGCUUUUAAAUGGGUUGUCAUCAUCACAACGCUCUGUUGCAUUGCGCUCUUUGCGGCCGUCAUGGCGUGGCUCCGGUACAAGCGGUUGAUCGGUGUUUAGAAUCAGCCCCUCCCUGCUUUCACGCACUCUUAGUUAUGACCUGCGAUCCCGCUGGCCGCCUUUAGAAAAAGCAUCCAGAAGAAAGUGCGCCACGAAUCACUGCAGGCAAGCAUGCGCGCCCUUGCUAAUCAGCUAUACCAUCAUGUUAGUUAGUCAGCUCUGAGUCUCAGAGCAGAACGGACUCUGGAGAGUGAAACUGUCAAACUGUGCUUAGACGGGGUUUCAUCUGCCUGGAUAACCUUACCCGAAAAAAAGAUCAAGCUUAUUACGUUUGGCGCUUCGUUCAUGCACCCGGGG